AUGGAAGACCCUUAUGUGCCUGUUGAAGCUUGUGCGGGAGCAGUUCUUCCCGGUGUUAGCUUAGGCAUCCAUCAAUGUUCUGCAGGAAGUUCGACCCUGGGCGGCCUCGUCCAACUUCAGUUUGCCAAUGACUCUCAAUGGCAUACGUUUGCCCUCACAUGCUUCCACGCUGUCUGGCCGCCAGCAAACCACCGUGACGUCAAACGGCUAAACGAGAUUCCAGAUGCUCUCAGAGCACUGCAACACUGGGAGUUUCGUCCACUUGACCCUCGAGACCCCAGAUCAUUCUCCCAUGUUGCUCGUCGCAUUCUUCGUGUUGAUCACCCUUCCCUGCGAGACUUGAACAACACCAUUGACCGAAGAUGUGCCAUGGCUGCAAGCAUGAGGACGCCACAGUUCCUGGAGUACGAGGACGAAAUAAACAAGGGUGAUGACGGCUGGCUUCCGGAAUCAGCGAAGGCUAAAUACGAGGCAAUACUCCGACGUAUCAAAGCAACUGAGGAUGCGUGUAGCCCAUUUAUUGCAAUGCGUGAAAGUGGCAAUCAUUUCCUAGGUUAUGUGUAUGCCGGAAGUGGUCUGAACAGCAUACGGAGCACGAUGCGGUCUAACACGGACAGCAAGAAGGAAACAGGUCAAAUUUCCACUGACUGGGCACUGGUUGCAAUCAAUCCUUCGCGCCUUCAACCCCAGCAGCACGGGGAUUGCGUUUCUGGUAAUAUGCCUUUCCCUUAUGGAAACAACAUUCAGUUUUCUGGAGCGUUCGAGCAGCCAAUCACAGAACCCUUCGGCCUUGAGCUCCAAAAGUCCGGCCGCUCUAGUCAAAUCACAUUCGGGACCUACAGUGAGCUAAAAUGUGUUAUGUUCACCCAGGUCCGAGGCGACGACGGGCAGAUUGUGAUUGUUCCCACAUGGGAACACCAGAUUGCCAGCAAUCGAAAGGGUGAUUUUGCAGAGAAGGGAGACUCAGGGUCGUGGGUGUUCAACCUCCAAGGUGAACUUGUCGGAAUGUUGAAAGCUGGCGACGAAGCUUACGGCACCGGGACAAUGACGCCUAUGGUAGAUAUCUUCGACGACAUCCAGAGUCUCACAGGUGCUACUAAAGUGCGCAUUGCCCCAGAGCCAGUUCCUUGA